UGGGGUAACGUCCCAUAGCAGGACUGGAAAGAAAGAGACAGACUGGAAUUUAUCUUUAGUACGAGAUGUAGCGAUACCUGAAAAUCGUGUGAGGUACAAUUAAGAAAAUUAGAUCAACAGGAAUCCUGAGAUUACAAGUGUCUGAAGUAAAGAAUUCCCGCACAUGUAAGGAAAUGGAUGUAGUACUAUUAGGAUUUGCACUUUUGAUUGCAGUGACAGCUCAAUAUUGUAAAGGGUACCCGCUAAUAUCUUCAGCAGAUGAUGUUGAGAGGCGUAUUGGACGAAGGCUUCUAAACACCACAACUCCAGCCCCAGUAGUUGCAGUAGAAGAAAAAUCCUUCUUCGAAAAAGUGGAAGAAUUUUAUGACGAUAAGAACAAUUUUGCAAUGUAUCUCGUGUUACCUUGCAUUGUUUUGGUAUAUGGCGGUUGCAGCGCCAUCUACUGCUGCUACAAAUGUAAACAAUUAUGUACGAAGAAAAAGGAGAAAGAAAAAAACAGUGAUAACGAAUCAGGUGACGAAUCUAACGAUGUUAUCUCACAAAACAACCACCACGACAAGGUCUCACUGGUAACAAGUUCUCCUGAUAAACACGCCGCGAAAGCAGCUGCCUCAAAUCACUUUCGACCUACAUCUAAAGCAAGUGUCUCUGAUGUUCAUGUCGGGGUGACCACACCAUUACCUUGGGCAAUACCCGAAGAACAGCAAACAGAGAUUAAGAAACUACCGCCAUCUUAUUCAGGGCAAUCUGAUUUUAGCCCGAAUAAGAAACAUAUCCAACAGCUUCACCCAACAGAGCUCCAGGAUCUGCAACAGUCAGUUCCGCAUAAUUCAAACGCUUAUCAGAUGCAGACGAUGCACCAUCCAAUGGAUUAUCAUGACAACCACAGAGAUCAGCGACGGCGAAAACUUUCUAAAGAAGAAUCGCUCGAUGAUUUGGAUGAUUAUGAUUUGUCUACAAAUAAUCACCCAAGAUCUUCUCCAAGACGGCAUCCUGACCCUCCACGGUCCCGGCGAAAUUCGAAACAGAACGAUUGUUACAGCUCUGACGACGAGAAAAGAGAGGGGAGAGAACGAAAUGAAAAUAGAAGAGACAAGCAAAGAAGAGAGAUCACCAUGAGCGCUCGAUCUAAGAAUCGAUGUGGUUACUCUCCGACUAAUCCAAGAGAUAGACCAAACAGAGAGGAAACCAUGAGUGGACGUUCUGAUAGACGCAAAGGGUCAGCUGACAGAAGAGAAUAUGGAGGUCGUCCUCCACGCAAGGUGAACGAAGUAAAACCUACACCUCAGAUAAGACCAGAAGAUGAAAGAUAUAAAGAAAAUUCUCCAAAGAUACCUCCACCAAGACCGGCCCAACCACCUAAACGGCAACCAUACAACCAACAAGAUGAUCGGUUCAUGAGUCCACCGCCUCCCUAUGAGGGCCAUGAGCGUAAAGGGCCAGCUCGCCCAAAUUAUAACCCAAAUCCAACAAUUCGCGUGAUUUCUCAAACAAAAGGUGGUGGUCCAGUCUCGGAAAUUGAUGUGGCACGACAAGCCGCAGAGAUGCUCAGAAUAGAUGAUCCUAAAUUUGGUCACAUGGGAGGUAAUAAAAAGCCUAAACGAUUGGUCUUUGUUGCAGAAUGAGAUGUCAAUUGAACAUGUAAUUCAUUUUAACAACAACUUCAAAUAUGUAAUAAUGAAUUUUUACGAAUUUGUUGCAACCUGUUUUGAGAACCAUUUGAAUUGUCAUUAUACUGUAAUUUUUUUGGCAUAUCAUAUCUGUUAUUUGGAAAUGUGUGAUUAGCAGAAAGGCUUACGAAAAUUCAUUUCUGAAUUCUUGAGUCAGGAAAAUGACACACGCUUUGCAUCCCAUCAUAUUUGAAACAAUUGCCAUGAACAUAUUCAAAGAGUAUCCCGCUGUUGCUGAUAAAUGCUGAAUGACGCUGACAUCCGUACCAAGAAAUUACUAUAUUUCAUGUAAUCACUUGGAAUGAAGUGCAUGUAUAAGCAGUGAGACUCGCCGAUAUUAACACAUUCUUUUUGAAUAUUUUCAAAUUAUUUAUUAGACAUUCCAACUUUGUAGAUUAAGUGUAUGUUGUUUUACGCCGAUUGGGCAAUACUUUAGCCAUCUUUUGACGAAAGACGUAUUAAACUGCGUGGGGCCGCUGUAGUAGACCUGAAACUUUCUCUUUUUCGAACAUCACGAGACAUUUUACAUGCCAGGAGGUUGUUAUCUUGACAUUAGACCGCCAUUAAAUGACCCCAUCAGACGGACUGGUUUUCCUUCUUUUCUUUACUAUUGUUCAAUGAUACAAAAUAGGUCUAGGAUGUCCAUAGAUAUACAAGAUUCUUUGAGGUUUUGUUGGUGUGCUGCUAUUAUUAUGGUAUACAAGAAAACUUCCAACUGUAUCUACAAUAUAUAUUUCUAGUUGCCAUCCAAUCCAUUCGAUCAAAUAUAGAUAAUCCUUCUAUGGUCAAAAAUUUAAAUGAGUGAUUUCUCUUUUGUGAAAGAAUUGCGGUUUUUUUUAAAUAUAACACCACUGUUUAGUUUGUGAACAGUAUUACUAUUUUAGCUGUUUAUGUGUAUUUUGAUAAUACAUACUUGCACUUGUUGUUUAGACUUUUCGAUUCAAAGAAUCUUAUAAUUGUUGAUGAAUAAAUUAUUUUCUCCUAA